AUGGCUUCCCCGAUUCUUUACCUCUUCUUACUCGCUAUAAUCUCUUCGCCGCCGGCAUCCGCCGAAGACUCGUCGGAAGAGUGCCCAUUCCCCUACAUUUCACCUCCUCCGCCGCCGUGCUCGUCGGGCUGCUUGUCUUAUCCACCGCCGCUGGAGAACAUACCGUACUACGAGCCGCCGGCGGGAAACAUACCGUACUACGAGCCGCCGUCUGGAAACAUACCGUUCUACGAGCCGCCGGCGGGCAACAUACCGUACUAUCAGCCGCCGACGAAUCCCUACUUGGACCAGCAUCCGCCGCUGCCUCCUGGUUCUACACUGUCCUGGUUCCCCGUGCUCAACGAUACAAACCCAGCGCCGUCACCGGCGAAAUUUCCCGGUGUGCUUCUGAGUGGCUUGGUUCUGGUAUCAUCCGUUCUACUUGUUUAUUAG